AUGGCUAGCCAUCUCCAGAAGUAUAGACUUUAUCUGAAAAGAAUUAGCUGUGUGGCAAACCAACAAGCUAGUAUGGUGGCAGCCUUAGGGAGUGCUGAUCAAUCUUAUUUGAGAAUGGGUGGUUCUGGACAUUUUCACAGUAAUGCUUUCAGAUCUUUUUUGGCUAGUGGGAUCAUUAGUAAUCUGAACUCUCCGGCUGGUCUGAAUGGACACGGAUUUUCUCCAUCCGGAUUACUUCAGUUGGGCCAAUCACAAAGUUUAAACAAUUCUUCUGGUGAUCAAUUUAAAUUCCAGUCGGCCAUAACUCUCGUUAAUCAGAAUAUUCUUCAGGGUAUGCCAAUGUCUAUAGGAUACGAUCACUUGCAAAACAGCAAAGGAAGCAAUUCAAGACACAUUGAGCAGGAAAAAGAAGCUAAGAAGGGAUCAUUCAGAAAAUAUCUUGAAUCAAGUGGAGUUGUUGAUGCUCUAACCAAAGUUCUUGUUGCCUUGUAUGAGCAAAACGACAAACCUUCUUCUGCUCUUGAGUUCAUUCAACAGAAUUUAAGUUGCCCUUCAAAUUCCGGUUCUUCUCACUACUACUGA